UAAAGGUCUGGAUGAGCAAGGGGCACUUAUUCUUGAUUUACCGUUCAUGUCAAUGUGCAGCAUGAGAGAGCUGGUGAUAUUAGCAGCGUUGGUCUCGGCUCUACACGCAGCCAGCCUCCCAACAGACACUGAUGUGGUAUAUAAGUGCCAAGAAGAUCAGGACAAGAUUGCUACAUUAGAAGCUGAGAGCUUCAUUAAUGACCAUCACCGCCAUGGAUACAAAUUCAAAUUUGUCUCACAGGACAGUCGCAGUGCAGAGAAGAAGACUGAUCCUUGUGAGGUCAUCUUGGGAAUAACUUUAGAGGAAACUGAAUGCCACGUUGUGAAUCCCAAACCUUUAGAUCAGUGUGAGACUAGAAUGGAAACACAGACGAAAGUGACAGCAAAAUGUAAUGUGACCAUCUCCAGUGCUGAGGGAAAAGCAGAAGUGAAGGACUACAACUGUGACACGGAACCAGCUUCACAUGAAAUACUUGUGACAAAAUGCCCUGACUGCCCCGGUCUGCUGCCCUUGCAUGACCCGAAGGGUCUGGAGAGUGUGAAAACUGCCCUGCAGAAAUUCAACAAAGAAUCUGAUCACAAGUCUUACUUUAAACUGAUGGAAGUGGGGAGGAUCAGCACCCAGUGGAUGUUUUCAGGUCAGAGCUUCUUUUCUCAGUUUGCCAUUAUGGAGACAAACUGUACAAACAAGGAGGCACCCCAGAAUGAAGAAUCAUGCAAGGCUUCAUGUGGGGAUCAGGCUCGGUAUGGCUUCUGUAAGUCCACCAAGGUUGGAAUUGAGGAACCAGAAGUGGAAUGUGAGAUUUAUGAAGCUAAGAACAUAACUCAUCCAAUGAAACGCCCUGCUCAGUUCCCAUGCAAUGGCUUUGCAAAAAUACCCCCCACUAUUUAUCCAAUCUGCCCCUUACGUCCAAUUCUUCUCAGCAGAGGCCCUCCAAACUUUGUACGUCCAACUGGUAACUAACGUCUACUCGUCCUCGUCCUCAGUAACUAACACUAAAAUCUAUGGAGGAACAUUCAGAUUUCAUCCCAUGUUGCAGGGUUUGAAAGAGUAAACAUAAAAAAUUGAACAACACAAGAGUGUUAAUGUCUUCAGAAUGUUCAGUCCAAUAAAUAUUCUUUACUGA